GGAAUACUGUCCCAAAGAGAAUUGGUUGUAAUUUCUCUCAAAAUGUAAACCACCUCGGAAUGAUUAAUGGCAAUAAAAAUCAUCUAGGAUUACUUCCUCAUAGCCAUGUGUUUAGAGGCAGUGGUGAUUUUCACAUGAAAGUACCCCUUGGUCCUGGUGGUUUUUAAAGGAAAAAUGACACAGCUGAAUUUUCUUAAUAGCUUUCAGAGUUGACAGCUACUUUAAAAAAAAAAAAAGGAGACAGAAACUCCUGUGAGUCAUGGAAGUGGGUGUGUUUCUGCAGAGAGCAGCUUUCAUAACUCAUCCAGUCCCUUAGCAGAGUCCAAAGAGUAGAAAACUGCUAUACACACUAUUUUUGCCAAGAACGUAUCAUCUGUAUUAGCGGUGUGGAUGACAGCUGCUGAAGACUGGCUGGGCAGUUUCUUGGAGCUAUCCAGGAAAACAACGAUCCGUUUCUCCUUCAUUGCGCACUUGUUUUUUGUGACUCUCACAAACCAAGACCGGUUUAAGAAGCAAGCCGCGAGAUGACGCAGCGGGGCACCCGUUCCGAGUGCUUUUGGCGCUGAGAGCAAUUGGGGGGUAUCUCGCCAGAAGGUCAACGUGAUGACGGCCUGGUCUAUGGUGGAAAGGCUAAAAAAAAUGGAGAAGAGGUACUCCCGAGACGAGAGGACUCUUGAGCAAGGCGGCGGGGAUUGCAGCAGCGAAUCCGAAGAAGGGACCAGCUCCGAGAGCGACAACGAGCUGCCUUGCUUCAAGAACAGCUCCAGCAACCUCCUGUUUAGGGAGAAGGACGUUCCCCUCCAGAAGCCUCACCGGCAGCUUUGCCGCUCUCCUUGCUUGGAUCAGCCCAGCUUCUCCCAAAGCAGCCUCCUUCAGGAUUUAAAACUGGAAGAUGGUAAAGCGAACCCGGACAAAGAAUAUCAAGCGAAAAUUGAUUUUGCUUUAAAACUGGGCUAUGCGGGGGAUCAGAUCCAAGCCGUGUUGAGCAAGCUGGGGGCGGACGCUCUCAUCAACGAUAUUUUGGCCGAACUUGUGAGGCUUGGCAACAAGGCUGAGAACGAAGGGCCGGCUAGCCUUGGAAGUGCCACGGCUCCCCUGGGUGGGACGGCUGCCAAAGAGGUGACCAGUCCCGAGCUGUCCCUGGAGGAGGAAGUGGUGGACAGCUCUGACAACUUGAGGCCAAUCGUAAUUGAUGGAAGUAAUGUGGCCAUGAGCCAUGGAAAUAAAGAAGGAUUUUCCUGUCGAGGGAUUCAGCUAGCUGUUGAUUGGUUUCUAGAAAAAGGUCACAAAGAUAUCACAGUAUUUGUGCCAACCUGGAGGAAAGAACAGAGUCGACCAGACGCUCCCAUUACAGGAGGGGCUUUUGAGGCCUAUUCUACGAGCCAGAACAAUCAUGGCCCCCAUCACAGGAAAAAGCUUUGCUGUAAGGAUAAAAACGACUCCAUUAUUUUGACUCCAAACGUGACAGACAAGCAUUAUCUCGAGUUUAUGCCACCUGAUGACCCAUUGGGACGCCACGGCCCUAGCCUGGAGAACUUCUUAAGGAAAAAGCCAGUUAUUCCAGAACACAAAAAGCAACCGUGCCCUUAUGGGAAAAAAUGCACGUAUGGACACAAAUGUAAGUAUUACCACCCAGAACGGACAAACCAACCCUUGAGAUCUGUCGCCGACGAGCUUCGCAUCAGUGCAAAAUUAUCUGCAGUGAAAACCAUGAGCGAAGGCGCCUUGGCCAAAUGUGGCUCGGGGCCGGCCCUUUGCAAAGGGGGGGAGAACCCUUCAGAGGUGAAGCGCAACCCUCCAAAACGCCAGUCUGAUCCGAGCAUCCGGUCCGUAGCGAUGGAACCGGAGGACCGGCUGUCGAUGAUGCGGAAGCCCGAGGCUAGCUCCGUCCCGUCUCUUGUGACGGCGUUAAGCGUCCCAACUCUUCCGCCUCCCAAAAGCCAUGCGGUCGGGGCCUUAAAUGCUCGGUCGGCGAGUAGCCCCGUGCCUGGGUCUUCUUCUCAGUUCGCCCAUCAGAAAUCCUCCCUGGAACACAUGGCCAGCAUGCACUACCCGCCAAUCCUGGUUACCAAUAGCCACGGGGCUGCGAUGAAUUACGCGGAUCCAUACCCCAAGUACGAAUCUUUGGGAGACCAUGGCUAUUAUUCUAUGCUCAACGACUUUUCCAGUUUGAACAUUAGCAAUGUCCACAAUACAGAUUAUUAUGGUGUCGAUCUAGACCAAGGUAUCUACUCAAGGAAUUCCAGCCCAUGUCCCGACAGUUGCUUAAGCCAUGCCAGCAAUGACACUUACUCUUCGUAUACCGACCUGUACCUGGGUGUGGGAGAUGUGGGUUCCGAGGAUCACGCUAAAGUUCCUCGGCUUCCACCGCAAAACCGACUUCAGCCUUUUUCUCACGGCUAUCACGAGAGCUUAACCAGGGUUCAGAGCUACAGCACUGAACGGCCCAAACGGGCUAGAGGUUCCUGAGCUCAUGUCCUGGGUUGCAGGAUCCCUUGCUAUCCUGAACUAUCCCUUCCCCUUUUCUCACAUAAGGAGACAUUGUUUGAGAUCCAUUAUUUAGAAUACAGAAUAACAGUUGGGAGGGACUUUGGGGGGAAUUCAGUCCAACCCCUUACUCAAGAAGGAGACCAUGUAACUUUACAGACAAAUGGCUGUCCAGUCUCUUCUCGGGAACCUCCAGUGUUGGAGCACCCACAGCUUCAGAGGCAAGCCUUUCCACUGAUUAAUUGUUCUCUCUGACCGGAAAAUUUCUCCUUAGUUC